AUGGCGACAACAACGGUGGACAGGGAGAGAGCUGGAGACCGGACGAAGAGGAAGCUGGGUGGCUUCCGGACCAUGCCGUUCAUACUAGUGAACGAGGUCUGCGACAGGUUCGCGUCGGCGGGCUUCAGCGCGAAUAUGAUCACGUACCUGACGCAGGAGCUGCACCUGCCGCUGGUAGAGGCCUCCAACACGCUCACCAACUUCAACGGCACGUCCAGCCUCACGCCCAUCCUCGGCGCGCUCGCCGCUGACUCCUUCGCCGGCCGCUUCUGGACCAUCAUCGCCGGCUCCGUCUUCUACCAGCUCGGCAUGCUAGGCCUCGUGGUCUCCGCCCUCGUCGCUUCCCUCCGCCCCGGUCCCUGCUCUCCUCCCGCCACCCCGUGCCGCCGCGCCAGCGGGCUGCAGCUCGCCGUGCUCUACCUCUCCCUGCUCUGCACCUCCCUUGGCUCCGGCGGUAUCCGGCCGUGCGUCGUGGUUUUCGGUGCCGACCAGUUCGACCAGCACAAGGAGCAGCAUGGUGAAGCCGAGGCGGAGGCGGUGGCGGGGCGGAAGCGGCAGUACUUCAACGUCUACUUCUUCACCAUGGGGUGCGCGGUGCUGCUAGCGCUGACGGUGGUGGUGUACAUCCAGGAGAACGUAGGGUGGGGGUGGGGGUUCGGGAUCCCGGCCAUCGCCAUGUUCUUGUCGAUCCUGGUGUUCGUGGUCGGCUACCCGCUAUACGUCCGGCUCAGGCCCGGGGGCAGCCCCUUCACGCGGGUGGCGCAGGUAGUGGCCGCCGCUUACAAGAAGCGGGCCGCUCCGCUGCCGGAGGACCCCGGCAUGCUGUACAUGGGCACGGUGCUUGUCACGGCGGUGCAGAGCGCCACGCGGAGCAGCGGCGAGUGGCUUCAGGACAAUAUCAACAGGGGCAGGCUAGACGCCUACUACUGGCUCGUCACCGGCCUCAUGCUGCUCAACCUUGGCUACUACUUUAUUUGCUUACGUUUCUACACCAUGAAGCCAUUGGAGCUCGGCAAGGACGGUGACCACGAAAAGGAGUUUGAGCUGUCCUAUGUCCACAAAAAUGGCGGCGGCGGCGCUGUAUAA